AUGUCCAUCUGCUCCGACACAACUAGCUCAUCUCAAACCGUUCGCUUAACGUUCAACAUCGCCGAAGAACGCUGCUAUCUCCUCAGCACCCUCUACCAAACCUGCCAAUCGGCCGCAGCAAACUACGUCCGCACUGCCCCCGUCACUCCUCGUGCCCGAGCUAUUCCCCGCUAUCACCCUUACGCAACUCGUAGCUCCCGCGUGUCAAGCGCAGCAGCAAAGAAAGAGGGCAAGAAGACGGCUACGUUGAUGGACAGCAUUUCUCGGAUCUGUACCCAGAUCUGGAGGAAGGCGAGACGCGAUCUCGUUGCCCCGCACAGGGAGGAAGCGGAUGCCGUGCGCGAGAUGCGGGAUCUCUAUAAGUGGAGCGAGGUCGUGGCUCGGUGCAUGGAGAGCGAUGGUCUUGAUGACGGCGAGGGAGAGGUCGGGAGUGAGGUUUCGGGAACUGAGGAUGACGGGUUGGGGUUUCCCGGGAUGAGUGCUGCGAAGGCGGCGAAGAGGAUUUGUCAGUGGUUGGGCGAUGAGGAGGCUUGGGAUACUUGUGAUACUGUUAUGGGCGAGUUGAGGGAUUUGGGGGAGGGUGAUGGAGUUAGAACUCCUGUUGCUGGAGAGAGAGGUGGUAGUUCUGAGUAUGGGAGUAUUUUGUGA